GCUUCAAGAGGAGGCAAGAUGGCUUCUUUGAGGGUGAAGACCUCUCAGCAUCAAGUCUAAGUGGAGCCGUUUCAUUCACCCCUGCAGAGGCAGUGAGAUCUGCUCUGAUUGGACCAGCUUGUCACGUGCCCAUCUCUCCUCCAUUUGGAACACAGUGAGCCUCUCUCUAAGAGGGGAAAUCUGUGCAGAGGAGAUAACAGGAGAUAACAGAUUCUGUUCAGUCCAGUUCGACAAACGGCAUGAAGUGAAGUGUUGGGGCCCGGGCCAGGCUCUGGAGGCCUGGCAGCAGGGUCUGAGGUCUGGCGGAUGGCCCCACUACCGGGGGCAGAGCUGGUCCAGACGCCGCUGCAGCUCUACCGAUACCUGCUGCGCUGUUGCCGGCAGCUGCCCACCAAGGGCAUCCAGGAGCAUUACAAGCAUGCCGUCAGGCAGAGUUUCCGGGUUCAUUCGGAUGAGGACAACCCUGAGAGGAUACAGCAGAUUAUUAAGAGAGCCAUAGAAGAUGCCGACUGGAUCCUGAACAAAUAUAAAAACUGAGACUCCAGGGCGUGAAGAGUGCAGCUGCCUUGGAGACGCUGACAUGGAGAGCCUUCGCUUCGCCCAGCCCUAGCAGCAGCAGCAGCAGCCGUGCUGGGAUAUCCACGCUUCACCCAGCCCUAGCAGCAGCAGCAGCCGUGCUGGGAUAUCCACCGGCCUGGUUGGCUGGGAGCAGGAAGUCAGCGAUAGGAGAAGCUGUCGUUUGCUCAGACUGCACUUCCUGCCACAUUUGUGUCCCCAGUGUCCUUCACAUUUGCUUUUCCAGCUGGUGAUGAGGUGAGCUUUGGGGAGAAGGUGUUUUCUCACUUUGCUCUGAAAGUGAUUCAUUUACUCUGGACAUCGUCGUUUGAGAGGCGGAGCUGGCGUCCCCUCACACAGCAGCCUGUGCAGAGCACAGGGCCUGGGCUUUACAGUCAGGCUGAUCUGGGUUUGGAGCUCAGCUCACUGGCUUUUCAAGGGUGUUGGCUUCAAGUCCAUUUCUUCCUUCAUUAGGAUUAGAUGAAAUCAAAGAGCCUGACACAGGACACGGUAUGUGGUGGGGCGGGUGAAUGUCCUUCUGAGGAAGCCGGCCUCUGGCGCUCUUGCGGUGCUCACGCGUCUCUCUGGCUCACUCCACAUCAGCUCUUAGCUCUCUGUGUGUCUUCUGUCCCUGCUUGUCAUCCCAGGCCCCGAGCCCUCACAGUUGCACUGUGCCCGGGCAUCCGCCCAGCAGCUGCUCUUCCUGACACCGACCCUCCCAGCCCAGAGAGACAGAAGCCCUGGUCCUUAUCUUCGUGGGAUCUGUUGUGUCUCAGAGUGCCGAAACAAAAAAUGCCAGGGCAGCUGCAGUAGAUGCCGAUGGGUUCAGGCUGCGUGUGACCAGCCCUUGCCUACUUCGGCUCCAUCUUAGAAGGCGAGGGAGGAGGAGCAAGCAAGCAGUCAUGAGGGUCGUCGUGAGCCUGAAGUCCGUGGAGAAGGCAGACCUGGGUCAUGUCCCAGCUCCACACAAAGUGCUCUCGGGUAACUCACCUCACCUCCUUCAGUCCUGGUUUCCCAUCUAUCCAGGCAGUAAUGACCGUACCUACCUCAUGGGGCCGCAGUGAGGAGUCAUAAGCCCUAAUGUAUACCAAGUACUUCACCCAGGACCUGGCCUGGGGAGCCAAGGAGACGGGAGCUCCUUUUCAAGAGAUUGAGCCCUUUUCAAGAGAUUGACUAAGUUGGGUCUGUGAAUGUACCAAACCCUCUACAUUUAAGAGGGGAAGGACAGCAGCAGGGUGAGAGGGAGGAAGCGGGGAGGGCAAGCAGGGAACAUUGGGGUGACCGGCUGGAGCGGAUGGAGCAGCGAGAAGAUGCAAGGAGAGACCACACCAGUGGUGAGUGUCCCCCGAGGACUCCCAGCCAGAGGAUGAGCUUGCAAUCACGUGACUUACAGUGACCCGGAUACGCCCAUGUGCGCUCAGCCGGUCAGCAGAUCAUGAAGUAAAUACGUCAGAGCUCUGGUGUAGGUUCCCUACUGUGUGCUGUCGUGUUUGAUGUUGAGGGUUAGAGGCAGGCAGACAGAAAGCUGCCAGGAGGGAUCAUUCUUUCAUGUUUCAACUCAUUACUUGAAAUGUCCGGUCCUAGGUAAAGAUAACAUUUCAGAACUUGCGUGAAGGUUGAGGCAUCUCUCUUCCAGGUGGGAUCUGCCCCCGUGGGAAACCUGCUGUCAGAGGAGGGGACCACGGGCAGGCCGCCUUUGGUAGCUUGGGGUUGGGGAGUGGCAGGGGGCGCCUGGCAGACAGGCAGUUUCACCAAAGGCUCAGAAUAGCACCGCUUGCUCAGGAAGUCCCACGCCGUUCUGUGUGGGUGAGGCGGCGUGGACUGAAGAGAUGGUUGUGCAGCCAUCUCUUCGUGUACUUGUCUCCUGUCUGAGGGUGAACCCCUUGCGGGCAGGGACCGUGCGCUGGCCAGCUGUGUGCCUGCUGCCCCAGUGGCGAGCUUUGAGCAUUUGCUGAUGGGAGGAUGAUAAGCCAGGCAGACUGAUGUGCUGCUUCUGUUGGAGUGUCUAUUGCUUGCUAAUAAUGGGGGAUGCUGGGAGGUGGUGAUUAUUUCCUGGCCAACCACUGACAUAUGUGUGUGUGUUCUUAUCACUGAUGCUCAAAUAAAGUCUUAUUACUACUAUGGAAGCAGUUUUGACUUCGAGAAUCUCCUGAAAGGAUUUUGGGGAUUCCUUGGACUGCACUUGAAGGUCACUGUCUCUGUGUGUAAUCUGAAUAAAGCAGAAU